AUGCAUUUGAAAGAUAACAUUAAAGAUCAGGGUUUUCGUUUGGGUCAAGUUAAACAGCAGUCUCGUCAGAGCAAUAUUGAACUUCAAUGCGUAACAGAGUAUAAGAGUGAAAAUCUCUUACAAAUUAUUGCGGCCCUUGGGAAAACGGUUGGGUGUGUGCUGGACAACGGCAUGAUUCUGAAUUACACUCGUACAGCAAAGGUGAAUCGUUCCAGCACGCGUCGCAGAUCUAUUAUAGUACAGUUGGCAUUAGUAAGACUGCGUGACCAGCUGCUGGCAUCUACUAUUAGCUACAAUAAAGCAAACCCCAAAAAUAAGCUAAACAGUUCUCAUCUGGGACUAAAUGGUAAGCCUUCUCCGGUGUUUAUAGCUGAACAUCUCUCACCGACAAAUAAGGCUUUGCAUGCAGCAGCCCGACUAACUGCCAAGGAGAAAGAGUAUAAGUUUGUCUGGGUGAGAAAUGGUAAAGUGUUUCUAAGAAAAAAUUAA